AUAAGCGCUAGUUCUAGCGUCUAAGGGCUACUCCGGACUGUCGUUUGGACUCCAAGAGUGACUAUUUCACCCACAACUGGGCCUCAAAUUGCGAAUUAGUGCCCGCGACGAGGCCUUACAGCCCCAACGGCGUGUUAGGCCUAACCCCCCCCCAAGUCGACGGCGGAUCAUCCACAGCCCUCGGAAGAGAGACGAACAAGUGCGUGCCGGUCGCGCGCCUACCAGCCGACACUGGACGAGGAGCAACAUGGGCAGGCCACACCGCGGCACGUCUAAGAAGAUGACCACGAACGACGAGCCAAUGGUUCAAUGCGGAGGCUGCGACAGCUGGUUCUUCCUGGGGGACUCCCCAUUCUGCACCAUAGAGGAGGCCCACGGUUCAUCAAAAUGAGAGGCGGAAUGAGAGGAAGGGGCCGAGCUGGUCGCCCAGGAGGGAUGUUUAAGCCAAAGGUGUUUGUUCCACACCUGCCCUUUGACUUCUACGUGUGUGAGCAGCAGUUUCAGAGGGUAAAACCCGCAGCUGAUGAUAAUGCCUUAACUCAGGCCCUUCUGAAGAAAAACCAGGACCUGACUCCAACAUCUGCAGAGCAAACCUCAAUUCUGAAUCUCAUGAACAAGAUUCAAUCCGUGCUGGACACGCUGAUAGUUUCUCCAAAAACUCUUGAUGCGUGUCAAAUCGAAGAAGUUCGCCAAGUGGGCUCCUUCAAGAAGGGCACCAUGAUGAUAGGCAACAAUGUCGCAGACAUCGUCGUCAUUCUGAAGACACUUCCAACAGGUGAAGCAGUCCAAGCUUUGGCAAACAAAGUCCAGGAAGAGGUGAAAGCUACGGACCCCAGCUUAAAAUUAACACAUCAAAUGACAGAAGCUGGCUUCGAUCUCAAGCUUCCUGAUGGUGCCACAGCAAAAGUUUUAAUUAGCACCAUUCUUCAAAACCUGAACAAGUUGGACCCUGAACUGCAUUUGAAGCAGAAGCUCCAACAGAACCACCUGACUGCGAUCCGGCACUCGCGCUGGUUUGAAGAGAAUGCCCACCACUCGAGCAUCAAGGUGCUGAUCCGCAUCUUGCGGGACCUGCGGAACCGCUUUGAGGGCUUCCAGCCACUCACACCGUGGAUUAUUGACCUUCUGGCCCAUUACGCCAUCAUGGUUCACCCAAGCCGACAGCCUCUGCCAAUUAAUAUUGCUUUCAGGCGAGUCUUGCAGCUGCUGGCUGCGGGUUUGUUCCUGCCCGGUUCUGCUGGCAUUCCAGACCCUUGUGAAGGAGGAGGUACUUUCCGGGCACACACAGUCAUGAGCCUCGAGCAGCAGGAUUUAGUCUGUCUGACUGCCCAGAACCUACUGCGCAUCCUUUCCCAUGGAGGGUACAAAAGCAUCCUGGGAAUCGGCGGACCAAAAAAGGUUGACACAGAGACGACCGUGUUGGAGGGAGUUGUGAUUACGCCGCUGAACACGGUGUAUGAGAAGUUCACAGAGAAGAAAGAGGAUGAGGAAAUGGAUCAGGAGGAGGAGGACAAAAUGGAAACGCAAGAGCAGUAAUACUGAGAAAAGAAAGCCUUUGGACAGUGACAUCUUCUCCCAUUGGUUUUGUGUUUAAAAAUGCCCCCCAUCAUCAUCAAGCCACACAGGUGGCAUGAUCCUCUCUGUUUCGUCACCCGUUGGGCCCAUGAACAGAGAAAUAAAGUACACCAUAAAAUCUA